AUGUCAACAGGCACUUUAUUCAUUCGCGACUCACGCACUGACGUGAACUAUGAGAUCCCCAUUAACCGAAACGCAGUUCGGGCGACCGACCUUCAGCGUAUCCGGGCGCCUUCGCUCAAUAGUAAUCGCGCAGACCAAGUCCCCCAUGGAUUGCGUGUCUAUGAUCCUGGAUUGCAAAACACGGCCGUGACACAAUCAGCUAUUAGUUUCUCUGAUCAUGAGCACGGUCUACUUCUGUAUCGAGGGUACACCCUGGAUCAACUCUGGGGGUCCGAUUUUGAAGAAGUGUUCCAUCUGUUGCUAUGGGGGACAUAUCCUACGGCAAAUAAAUAUGAAGAGCUACGCCAGCAACUGGCACAGUAUAUGCAAGAGGUUCCUGAUAUUGUGCGCCAGACUAUUUUUAACCUCCCAAAGGCGACCAGUCCACUACCGCUGAUUCUAGCCGGCCUCUCAGCCUACCUAGCCUGUAUUCCCGAUGUGAUCCCAACCACCACAAACCCGACAAUCUACCAAACAGACAUUAAACGAGCCGACCAAAUCAUCCUACAAACUGUUGCCGCUUAUGCUGUUGUCUUCGGAACCGCAAGAUGCCACCGGCUAGGCAUUCCCUGGAGGUAUCCAUCUCUUCACCAGACCUAUUACGAGAACCUAUUUACGAUGGCCGGUCUCGUAGACCUGUCAACAAACCGCCCAAAUCCUACAUCCAUAUCCUGUUUCCGCCGCUUCGGCAACCUCAAUGCCGAGCACGGAAUGGCCCUAACAGUUUUCUCGACCUUAGUGACCGCCUCAUCCCUCACCGACCCAGUCUCCUGUCUGAUAUCUGCCGUGGCCGCCGCCCAUGGACCCUUGCACUUCGGCGCGACAGAGUCCGCCCAACGCGCUCUGCAUGACAUUGGGGAACCCAAGAAUGUCCCAACCUUCAUUGAAGAAAUAAAAGCUGGAAAGCGAAAAUUAUUCGGCUACGGCCAUCGAACAUAUAAGGGAAUGGACCCACGCGUGCGUCCCAUCCAAAGUAUCCUGAAGGAUUUGGAAGGCGUUCAUCAACCGCUAAUAAAGGUCGCUGAGGCGAUCGAGGAGGCUGCUGCGAACGACGAUCACUUUAGUACGCGGGGCUUGUAUCCUAAUGCAGACUUCUACGGUAACUUCGUGUUUACUGGAAUUGGCUUCGAGCCUGAUAUUAUUCCUGCGGCAAUGCUUGCCCAUCGCAUUAUGGGUAUUAUGGCGCAUUGGAGAGAGUAUACGGUCUCUCGCGGCAAGCUUUUUCGACCAACGCAUCUUUUUACGGGCCAUGCAGAGCCAACCUCGGACCCCAGACCUAAGAUAUAG